UCUGGGCCCCCCGCCUUUCUUUCUUAAAAAAGGAAAACAAAAGCCCCCUUUGCGCAAAUGAGCGUUUUUUAAGCGGAACUCCUUUUGCCAACGCGAGAAACUGAUUCUGUGCGUGAAUGGUGUUGGAGAGGGUACCGGGUCUCCGGAAUCUGGGAAAUCUGAUCGAGAGGUGCCAGCCUUCUCGCCACUCGUGUCCUCAGUUGGGAGAGCCUGAGGGUGGCAGAAGCAAGUGGGUCUGUCUGUCUGUCUGAGUGUCUAACAGAAGACUGCAGUGAGGCGCGGUGCGAGGACGGCCGCCGGGUUAGUUCGUGGGCACGGCGCUCUCCUUUGCUAAAUAUAUUGUGACAUACCCUGCGCCUCUGUGAGCGGCUCCCUUGACCUUGUGCGGCUCCUCCCCCCUCGCUCUCUGUCCCCCUCUGGAAUUUCCCGGAGAGAUCACCGAGAAAGACAGGACGGACUCCCAUGUGAGAAUGGCUGUGACUUUGGAACGAGCUCCCUGGCUGGGCUGGAUCUUGGUGAAAGCCCUGAUGAGGUUUGCCUUCAUGGUUGCCAACAACCUGGUUGCAAUUUCAUCCUACGUCUUCUAUGUGAUUGUGCUUCAGCCCCUGCGCGUGCUGGACAGUAAGAGCUUCUGGUACAUUGAAGGAAUCAUGUACAAAUGGCUCCUAGGCAUGGUGGCUUCUUGGGGAUGGUAUGCUGGAUAUACAGUGAUGGAGUGGGGGGACGAUAUUAAAGCAGUUAUGGAAGACGAAGCAGUAAUGCUGGUGAAUCAUCAGGCAACAGGAGAUGUGUGUACUCUGAUGAUGUGCCUCCAGGACAAAGGGCUGGUUGUUGCUCAGAUGAUGUGGUUGAUGGAUCAUAUUUUUAAGUACACAAACUUUGGAAUUGUUUCUCUAAUUCAUGGAGACUUCUUUAUAAGACAGGGAAAAUCUCAUCGUGACCAACAGCUGCUUCUUCUCAGGAAGCACCUAGAAAAUAAUUAUAGGAACAGAGAUCGAAAAUGGAUUGUUUUAUUUCCAGAAGGGGGCUUCCUCAGGAAGAGGCGGGAAACAAGUCAGGCAUUUGCCAAGAAAAAAAACUUGCCAUUUCUUACACAUGUCACUCUGCCAAGGAUUGGAGCAACACAAAUUAUUUUGAAUGUUCUUGUGGCACGACAGCAAAAUGGAAGUCCAGCAGGAGGAGAUGUUAAAGAAUUAGACAGCAGAUCAAAAGGUCUCCAGUGGAUAAUAGAUACAACUAUAGCUUAUCCCAAAGCUGAACCCAUAGAUAUUCAAACCUGGAUCCUUGGAUAUAGGAAACCGACAGUCACACAUGUACAUUACAGGAUCUUUCCAAUUAAGGAUGUACCCCUGGAGACUGAUGAACUUUCUGAUUGGCUCUAUCAGCGUUUUAUUGAAAAAGAGGAGCUCUUAUCGCAUUUUUAUGAAACAGGGGCUUUUCCACCUGCCCAGGGCCACAGGGAAGCUGUUUCCAGGGAGAUGACCCUCAGCAAUAUGUGGAUCUUUCUCAUCCAGUCUUUUGCAUUUUUGUCAGGCUACAUGUGGUACAACAUCUUCCAGUAUUUUUACCAUUGCCUGUUUUAGGAACUGACUUGGACUUGUCAAGGUCACCAUAGGAAUUCCAACUUUCAUGAGUGCGUUAUUUCACAUGUGCAAAUCAGAAUAUAAAACAAGCAAAGGAAAUUCCAUGGAUGGAUUAAUAUUUAUCCCGCUUUGGGAUAUUUUAAAACUCUGCUAAAAUGAGGAUCAGUAAUCUAAUGACCUGCUAAUAUGUUUUAAGGACUUUUCAUGUUUUAAAAAGAUACACUCUACCACACAUUUAAACUAACAUCACAUUUGGAGAAGAGGAAAUCAUAAAAUCAUCCUAGAAGACAGAGAAAUUCUGUUGCCAGCAGAUACUUGAUCACCUAGUUCAAGCUCAGAGAGCUGAGCUCAUCCUCCUAGCUAGUAGUGUCCCUUAGGGCAGUGCUGUGAGCGCCCUCACUGCCCACUCCUGCUGUGUCACUAGGAACCUCCAGAGGGGCUGGUUGGCACCUUCUGAAGAACUGUUGCCCUGUCCUUUGCAGCGAUGCUCCAGUCCUCACCAGUUUAGUGAGUCCGGAGUCAGGCAUGCUGUGGGGGGGAAUCAGUGUCCACUGGACACGUCCGGUCCUGGAAUGGGCUCUUUCAAAAGGCAGGCUCGGCCCGACACCGUGUUUACAUGCGCUAGUGCUUUCCGCGUGUGUGUGUGUGUGUGUGUGUGUGUUGAGGGGAGGGCACUUGAUUUCUCCUUUUAUAUAGAAGGCAUAUCAUAGAUUGAUCAUUUUCUUUUACAAAAUGCACUUUCAUCAGCUGCAUCUGUAGCAGAGGAUUAGUAGUAUAGCCUGGAAACCAGUCUACACAUAGUCAGUGAGUGGGACUCGCGCGGCUGUCUUGUCUGCGUGUUUUACCUGUGCUCCUGCCCUCCAGCACCUCCCUGAGCUGGGCACCACACCGGGGGCGGGGGCGGGGGGGCUCCAGCUGUUUUCUUGUUUGUUUGUUUGUUUUAAUUUUGGUGUAUUAGCACCAACUGCAUUUGGGGAUGGUUGAAACAAAUUAAUGCAAAACACUUAAAUGAUCACUAUACGGUGAAAUAGGCUAAUUUGUUAGAAAAAUAAAAGCUAAAGCCAGACACUGGCUUAAAAUGGGGACAGGCUGUCACAUGGCACCCCCAGCACCUGUCUCAUCAAGGAGCUGCCCAUAUCAGGGUGGUGUGACCAGGAGAGAGACCAGAACAUGAGGCUUCCCAGUCUCUUCCUGUUGAAGAGGAUAAAGUCAUGCCUAUUUCUAGAAGACUUUUUUUUUCUUUUGUCACUAUGUUCAUGCAGUUUACCUCACAGUAAAACCAAACUUCUCACAAAGUGCUGGCCCUGCAUCAGUCACCGUGGUCACCGCCUGCACCCCAGCAUCAAGGCGGGAACGCCUGCUGGCCUGGGGUUGUGAGACUGAGAUUCUGGUGAGUCAGUGGUGGUUUUCUGUGACAUGACAUCAUAGAUUGCCCUUUUGUCGCUAAUCAUACAAUUUGACAGUUCUGAGAAAGGCCGGAAGGUAAAGGUAAAGGCUGAUGUUUUUUGUUUUUAAAUAAACCAAAAAAAAAACAACAACAAAAAACCAGAAAACCAAAACACUGAGAAGAUAAGAAUUUUCUCCCAGUUGUGUGGGAAAGGUAAAGCAGCACCAAAUACAAGCCCUCAGCGGCUUCAUCUUAGGUUAAUGCGUGCAUGUGUGAAGAGAAUGAUGCCUGAGCUGAAAUACCUCAUUGAUGAUACUACUGCUGGUGAGACGCAGAAGGCAGUGUUCCCGUGUGUGGGAAUGGUUGUCCUAAGGUGCCACUUUUUCAAAUUUUAGCAUUUCAUUGUGUGCUUUACAGUGACAGUGAGUAGGUGAAACUAAUCUCAAUUUAGAGAUACGGAUACAGAUAGGAAGCCACAUGGAAGCGUAGGGGCACUUCUGUUUGAGGCCCAGCAAAUGCUAUCAGAUUACAAGGUGAAUUGGGAUGAUUCAUUUGAGAGAUUGGUCAGCCAUCUGGGGGACAAGUUCAUUGGCAAGGAUGACCUUUUCCUCGUUGCUAAAGCAAGCCACAGGCAGAGCGGCCAGUCUCCCAUCAGGGAAGAAGAGAGAUGCAGGCGUGCACACACAGAUGUGGUGUCUUUUGCCAUCACAGCUCCAAAGGAGGAGGAUGUUUAAUAUACUGUACACAUUAAACAGACUGUUCUGUAAGAUGCUUUGCUUUCCAAGCACAGUCAUUUCAACAGCCUCUAGAUGUGUGGGUUAAUUUUGAAUAUAGAUCUAUGAGUUGUAAAUAGAUGUGUGUUUGAUCUGCCCCAUUCCACCCCCCCUGCCCCCCCAACCCUGUUUCUUUCUCAACACGUUCCCUCGCUUCUGUUAGCAAACAUGCUGUUUGAGAGCAUUGCUGGUGCUUUCCUUAUCAGUAACUGAGGUUCUCUUGUUUGCACAGGGGAAUGUAAAGAGCGAAUCAGUGUUCUUAUAUGGCAAUCAGGGAAGCAGCAAUAUGCCACUAUACAGAACUGAGUAAAAAUCCCUAAUCUGUACUUCCUUUGUAAAGUGAGUGAAAGGAGGUUUAGCGAAUAUCCACUUUGUCCGGGGAAAAGAAGUAACACUGUGCCAGUUUUAUACCGGUAGCUUAUAGAACCUCAGCACUGCUUGGUCUCAGCUGUCCUGCCUGAUUCCCACAGCAGACAGGGUUGCAAACUCUCUGCUGGAUCCCAGAGUCACGGUGAUGGAGCACCUGCUUGGCCUCGGAGCUGUAGCGACCACGGAAGUGACCACCCCAAAAGUUCACACUUAACGUCAGAAACUACUGUUGGUGUUUAAAUAUGCAGUUAUUGUAGAGAGGCCUGUAGGCCAGUGGAAGGUAAGGAAAAAUUACAGAAUGGAAAUGAUGUCUUGGGUAGUCAUACAAGUUAAUUGAGAAUCUAAAUAGAUAUUUAAAAAAUAGCUGUGAGUGUAAUAUUUUAAUAUUACACAUAGUCCUUAAUUUUCCAUAGUAAAGGAACUGGAGAUUAUGCAUAAUUAUUCCAGUAAUAAGUCAUGGUAAGCCAAAAAUUUGAUUGCAUUUAGGAGUUUGAAUUUUCAUUCUCAUAAAACUUUUUUUUCCCUUGCUGGAUGCUUACUAAUUUUAAAAAAUGAUGUGAGUUGUUUAUUAGCUUCUCUUGCCUAUAUAUUUGACUGUGUUGAUGAGUUGUGGAAAGAUUUGGAACGACAGCUUCAGGAAGAGAAAACAUAGAAGCCUGAGUAACCCAUGGUCUAGAAAAGGAAUUUCUAAUGAUCACGAGUUGGCGGUAUUGUGGUUGUUCUCAAGCAUUUUUAUGAAAAUGAAAUGUUAAAUCACCAAAUGUAAACCUCAGAACAUAUUCUAGUUUUCAUAUCGUUUGGAUCAAUGUUAAGAAUGCCUCUUCAGUCUUUGCUCAUGUUCCUCACUUCGUGUAGAUUUGUCUUAGUAACGUUUUUUGACAAUCACUUCCCUGAAGACUCUUCUGACCUAGUGGGACCUGGUUAUAAUCAUAGGAUGUAGUCUUUAAUCGUGGAUAGUCCAAUUGGAUUCUUUUUGUAUUAAGAAAAUUUUUGUUUGCACUGCUGCAUAGGAAGAGCUAGUUAUUUUCUUCACUGCACAGAACUUCACUCCAGCGUUACCAUGACGAGCAUGCCAGCACUGGUCCACAGAGGAUGGAUACAAAUGGUUGGUCUUAUUUUUUGCCAGGUAGUGCUGUGAACAACAUGAAAAGUAAAGUCAAAAGCCGCACUGGGCAGCAGGUAUACUGGUUCAUUGUCUGAAGGGGUAGAGACUAAUAUAUUGGGACCAAAACCACCUACAUCGGACAUUUCUAGAUCACGAAGGGGCCGGAUGUUCUCUGAUUGGUGCUUUAUUGCAACCGUUUUGCAUUGCUCCCCAACAGGGAGGAGCUGGACCUGGGAAUGAGCUGAGAGUACUGAGCUGUUGGGGGAGGGUGACUGUGGCCACAUGGAAGAUAAAAUACAAGUUUUUCUGCAAAAUUUCCAUUUGAGGGUUUUUACAUUUAAUAUUUUUUUAAAACACUUUAAAGAGCAAAAAAAAAAUAGUGUUUCUAGUUGCAAAAUAUGUACACAUGUUUUGAAUGGCUUUAUUUUUGUUGUGUAAAACUGUUGAACACGUGGCUGUGGUGCACAAAUUCUUUACACGAAGGAGUCUAGAUGCAUUUUACAGUAACUUAUGAUUGGUAAUGAAACAGUUAGACAUCGAACUGCCAUUGUUGUGUUAAGUGCUUUCAUUUUCUUUCAGUUAUCACAAAGUUGUAUUUAUUUUAUACAGAUGGAUUUUCGUUUUCUUGAUGCCAUAAUGUUUACUUCAGCUUGGUGACCUGUCUUUCUUUGUGUAUCUGCAUGUUGUAAUGUAUGAUAAGAAUGAAUGUAAAGGCUAUGGCAACUGUAAUUUUUGUAAAGGGCUGGUCACACGUGGAUCUGGUUUAUGAAUGCAUUGGAUUACUUUAGUAACCAGAUUACCUUUUCAGAAAUUGAGAUGUGAACACCAAAAGAAGCAUUUUCUCAACAAAAAUUAAUAGCUGGUUCUAUUUUUUUUAACCUAGAAAAAAUAAAGUUGAUUUUUUUCAAGUGAAGUGCUUUUAAUUCUUAGUAGUGGGCAUGGGGUGUUUGCGUUUUCCUGGAGCUAUUUUGGCAUUAACAUCUAUAGACGUGUACUCAGAACACACCACGGAGAUUGGAUGCUGAAGGCAAACUGAAACACACUGUUCUCUCAUUUUAAACUAUGUCCCUCUCCCCUUCCCGAUUCUUUCCGUCCAGUGGUACACUGGUCAAUGGUUAGCAUUCACUCUCCUGGGGG